AUCAGUUUCACCAAAUGGAAGGAAUCACCACCGCCACCGCCGGAAACCCCACACUUUCACCAUCUCCAACCACCACCACCGCUGCCACCGGAAACCCGACACCUCCACCAUCUCCAACCACCACCACUGUAUCUCAGGCAAAGAAGCCACGCUACGAUAGAUGCUUCUCCUUCAUGGAGAUAUCGAUCGACCCAAGUAUCAAAUCCCUCAAAAGACUCGAUUCGAGGAAGUUCAAGUUCGAAAUCCAAAGAUGGGCAAAAGCAGUUGUUAGAUAUGCCCGCCAAGUCAGCGAUCACUUCGCCACCCGCCAAGUCAGCAAAGACAACUCCAGCUCACGUGGCUAACUGAUCAUUUAUAACCAGAAUGAUCAGCCACCCUGAAAGGGUCUGUUUGAAAACAGAACAAUUCCAUCGAUGACUGAAUGCAAGUUAAUCACCAAGAUGGUGAUGUGAACCACGAGGGGUAAAGGGACAUUGGUCCAACCGUACCCGGGUUGUCGGUAUAUCCUAGCGUCCCUAGAGGUAAAAGGUUCAAACCUCACCACCGUUGUAUAUAAAUAUUAUAUACUUGUAAAAUAGUGUGU